UUUCAACCGUCCAGUCAACCUUGUCCCCUCCCAUACCGGACUCUUCCUCCACAGCCGCCGCCUUCUUCUCCGUCCGAGAUCAGCCAGCCGCUCUCCCUUCCUCUCCUCCGAUUCGUGCUCGUCCAGCUCCGGUGGGUAGUGGUAUUCGAUCGGCGACGAGCAAAAAUGACGGCUGGCUACAUUGUUGGCUCACUGGUCGGAUCCUUUGCCGUUGCGUACCUGUGUGACUCGUUUGUUUCGGACAAGAAGGCAUUUGGAGGUACCAUCCCCAAGACUGUUUCUGACAAGGAGUGGUUUAAAGCAACAGACACCAAAUUCCAGGCUUGGCCUCGCACUGCCGGCCCACCGGUUGUCAUGAACCCCAUCAGCCGCCAGAACUUCAUCGUCAAGUCCACCGAGUAGGCAGGAGAAGCUGGUUCAGCGACUUAUUCCCACCAUGAAGCCAAAUUUUCUUUUCUAGGUCCUAAACUCCUAAUUGUAAUAAAACAAACUACACUCAGGAUUUUUGGUGAUUUUCACUUAAUCUGUGAGCAACUGAGAGCUAACACUGGGGCUUGCAGCUUACUUGUCAUUCUAUGGGUUCCGUUCGUUGGUGAAAUUCCCCACCAGGCAGUAAAGUAUUGCAUCAAUUACCUGUCACC